GCGGAUGUGACGCAGCAGCAGGAGUGUGACCCGAGGAACCUCAAACAUGCGUCAAUCCCGAAAAAACAAACUCCACCAAAUAUCGGAUUAUCAUCACAAACAGUAAUUCCUACCUCAAAACCUGCUAUAAAUCAAGGAUAUAAUAAAUCAGAUAACCCAGCAGGGACUCAUGUGUUUGUCUUGUGGAGCCCUGUAUAAUCCAGCACCCCUCCAUGGAUUAAGCGCAGAGAAAAGCUGAAUCCAAUCAUUCUGCUCGAGGAGGGUCGCGGCACCGGUGCAACAUGCCCCUUCCGUUCGGAUUAAAGCUCAAGAGAACCAGAAGAUACACGGUGUCCAGCAAAAGCUGCCUGGUGACCCGCAUACAGCUGCUCAACGGCGAAUAUGUGGAGUUCACGCUUUCGGUGGAAAGCACGGGACAGGAAUGUCUGGAGGCAGUCGCGCAGAGACUCGAGUUACGGGAGAUAACGUAUUUCAGCCUCUGGUACUACAACAAACAAAACCAGCAGAGAUGGAUUGAUUUGGAGAAGCCGCUGAAGAAACAGCUUGACAAGUAUGGGCUGGAGCCAACCGUUUACUUUGGGGUGGUGUUCUACGUGUCGUCUGUUACACAGUUACAACAAGAGAUAACCAGAUAUCAGUAUUAUCUCCAGCUGAAGAAAGAUGUUCUGGAGGGGAAGAUCCCGUGCUCCAUUGAGCAAGCCAUUCAUUUGGCCAGCUUGGCUGUGCAAGCUGACCUUGGAGACUUCAAUCGAUAUGACUCCCAGGAAUUCCUUCAAAAAAUUGUGCUUUUUCCAAUGCCAUGGAUACAGGACGAGAGGGUUGUGGAAGAGGCCACCCAGAAAGUCUCCAUGCUCUAUCAGAACUACCGAGGUCUGUCCGCACCGGAGGCGGAGUUACUCUACAUGCAGGAGGUGGAGAAGAUGGAGGGGUACGGUGGGGAGAGUGUCCAAGCGAAGGAUGCUCAGAGCGCAGAUGUGAUUAUCGGCUCAUGUCUGGACGGGAUUUUUGUCAAGCACAAAAAUGGGAAAGCACCUCUCAUGUUUCGGUGGAAUGACAUAAAUAAUAUGACUCAUAAUAAGUCUUUCUUUGCCCUGGAGCUUGCCAACAAAGAAGACACAAUCCAGUUCCAGACCGAGGACAUGGAGACGUCCAAAUACGUAUGCAGAAUGUGGCUGGCGCGGCACAAGUUUUACAAAAUUAACAACAGCAGUCUAGAGCUGUCUGACGGCCCAAACUCUGAGGGCUCCCAGAGGUCCAUUCUCUCUCUUUCUUUUCCUCGUUUUCCAAACCUCUCUCGUCCCUCUGUUCCUGCUGACAAGGGACAAACGCAGCCCGCUCCUGUAAACACAGUGAGGCGACGGUCCUCGACGAGAAUGUCUCUGCCAAAACCGCAACCCUACAUGAUGCCACCUCAGAUGCAUUUUAACGGCCAUUACACCGAACCGUACACGUCUUCACAAGAUAAUCUUUACAUCAACAACCAGAAUGGUUUCUACUACCAUUCCCAGACCAGUCUGGACCGCUCUCCGCACGAGUACAACGGCCGGAUCCGUAACGGCAGCGUUUACAGCGCCCAGAGCACCAGCUCCCUCAACAACCCGCAGCACUACCUGCAGCCGUCGCCCAUGUCGUCCAACCCCAGCAUCACAGGAAGUGACCUCAUGCGGCCCGACUACGUGCCUUCCCACCGGCACAGUGCCCUGAUCCCGCCAUCCUACCGUGCCACGCCCGAUUACGAGACGGUCAUGAGGCAGAAGAACCUCGGGAUGAUCCCGCCGGCCGAGCGCCAGAGCCACUCCAUGAGGAACCUCAACAUCGGCAACUCUUACGCCUACAGCCGGCCCAAAGAGCACAGACAAAGCCUUAUUCACGUAUCCGCAUCCGCGGCUGAGACCCCACCCCCUGUUGCCCAGGCGAUGCCGCCUACAGCAUCCGGCUCCGACAUUAACGUCGUCCUGGAGGUUACGAAGCCCGAGGAUGUCAUCUACGGCCACAAAAAAUCCCUGUCUGACGCCACGAUGCUGGUGCAUAGCAGCGGUGAGGAGGAAGAGUUCGAAGACGACAGCGGCCGACACACACCCCAGUCUCAGGAUGCAGUGGGUGGGCCCGAGCAUCACAUGACGCCGAUGGGACGGCCCCUCGUAGAUCCGCCCGCUUAUCCCUUCAGCCACGGUAUGGAGACAGUCCUGACAGGCCCUCUGGCGUACCAGUCCCAUCCCAUCAUCUGCAAUCCAGAGGACCUGGGGCAGCUGCCGCCUCUGCGAGAGCCCGGACACAUGGUGCCCUCGGUGUCAGAAGGCGAUCUGAGCGGACAGGGACGCUUGAGACAGAAGAGAGAUGUCUUUAAGAGACCCGUCUCUGACGUGCCACCUGCCAGAAGGAAUAUCGAUGGUCUUCCACCGGCGGGUAUGAAGAAAGGACGCUCCGAGGUCAAGAAGGUGGGUCCCCUGAAGAUGGCGUCUCUCAACGGCCUGACCCUGUCCAGAAUGCCUCUGCCUGAUGAAGGGAAGGACGACCCGGAGAACGCGUCUAAUGACGAGCGGUGUAAGAUACUGGAGCAGCGCAUGGAGCAGGGGAUGGUGUUCACCGAGUAUGAGCAGGUGCCUAAGAAGCGGCCCAACUGUGAGUGCACCAUUGCUCUGAUGCCCGAGAACAGCGACAGGAACCGCUUCCAGGACGUCCUGCCCUACGACGACACGCGUGUGGAGCUGGUGCCCACCAAAGAGAACAACACGGGCUACAUCAAUGCCUCGCACAUCAGGUUUACGGUCAGAGGUAAAGAGUGGAGUUACAUCGCGUCUCAGGGUCCGCUCUCCAGCACCUGCCAAGACUUCUGGCAGAUGGUUUGGGAACAAGGAGUCGCUAUCAUCGCAAUGGUUACAGCGGAGGAGGAAGGGGGUCGUGAGAAGAGUUUCCGCUAUUGGCCUCGUCUGGGCUCUCGCCACAACACUGUUACAUACGGGCGAUUUAAGAUCACGACGCGCUUCCGCACGGACUCUGGGUGCUAUGCCACAACGGGCCUGAAGAUCAAACACCUCCUCACGGGACAGGAGCGAACCGUCUGGCACCUGCAGUACACGGACUGGCCCGACCACGGCUGCCCGGAGGACUUUAAAGGCUUUCUCUCGUACUUGGAGGAGAUCCAGUCCGUGAGGCGACACACCAACAGCUCCUGCGAUCCAAAGAACACAAACCUGCCGGUCCUGGUGCACUGCAGCGCAGGGGUGGGACGCACUGGUGUGGUCAUCCUGUCUGAGAUCAUGAUAGCUUGUCUGGAACAUAAUGAGAUGCUGGACGUCCCGACUGUUCUGAACUUGCUGCGGCAGCAGCGCAUGAUGAUGGUACAGACGCUUUCACAGUACACCUUCAUAUACAAAGUCCUCAUUCAGUUCCUGAGAAACUCCAGACUGAUCUGAGACCAGCGCUGGCACAGGGGUCCCACGAGCCUCUCACAACCCCUCAGUCCCCGCCGGAGCGGCGACAGCGUGGCUUCGCUUCCUCACAGUAUUAGUGACGGGGCAAGUAUGAAGGACGCUGCGCCACACUCUGUUUUACCAGUAUUAUUCACAGAUUUCACUGUGGGCUUGUACACGGAUGUCAGUCCCAGCACUUUUAUUUUGCUGUACAUAGACGCGAAGGACGCAACUCUCUUAUUUAAUACGAUACGCUGAACUGCAGUGGUUCUUUUAUACCGGGUGGGAUUUUAUUCGUUUACGUAUGAAGGUUUAACGAGCCAAAAUGAAAAUAGCGGACACAGUGUUUAAAAGAUGUGUGACAAGGUGAACCCCAAUAAUAGAUGAAUCUCACGAAAAGCCCAAAUUUGGUGUCAAAAUGUGCUUGCAGUUAUGCUGAAAUGCAAAAAAGGCUUGCUUUUCUGUAUGCAAAAUAUCUAAAUGCUCAUUUCUUUUCAUGAGAUUCACCCAUUUGCAUCAUGGGACGUCCGGUGUUACACGGCAUGUUAAAGUGAAGCUGUUGCUUGAGAUUUUACCAUUUAACCCCACGAACGGGUUUCACCGAUCAAACGCGUCUCAAGUUUGAAUGCAGCCAAAGACAGAAGGGUUUAUUUUCUGAUCGCAGAUGCAACCUAUAAAUAAUUUACAGUAUAUAUUAAAAUUGCAUAUGAAAACUGUAUUCCACGUAUAAUAAUCAUUAAGGCUUUCUCAUUGCAUUAGGGAUGAUUUUGCAUUUUUCCAGCUCUUGCCACAUUUCCACCAGCAUUCAAUAACCUGACACACCAAAGAGCGUCACAAACUCGACUUCUGCUUUGGAGUGAACAAUACUGUGGGUUUAUUGUGAACAGUUUGUGACCUCAUUAUCUUAAACACACCAGCUAUGAUGGUCUACCAAAGAGUUUUCACCAUAUCGAAUUAUUUGAGUCUUAAAACACUGUGAAACUGCAUUAUCCAUUCUGUUUUCGGAGGAUCUGAAGGAGCAGAAUGUGCCAUAGCAAAUCAUUUGGACCUUUUGCGUUUGAAUUUGCAGUUUGAAUUGCAGUCAGGUCGUUAUGUAUGAUAAAGCAGUGCAGAUUGAUGCUACAUUCCACCGUAAUGCUGCUGUUGCAUGCUCUUAAAGGAAUAGUUCACCCAAAAAUGUACAUUUACCUAAAAUGUACUGAAUUUGCAGAAGUCCAUCACUUGCUCACCAAUAGAACCUCUGCAGUGAAUGGGUGCCGUCAGAAUGAGAGUAC